CACACAGCUAGUAAGGGGCAGAGCUUGGAUUCCCCUUCGGAUGAUGGGGCUCCAUCGUUCCUACUGUUUGCCUGCCUCCCUGUCCUGCCUGCAGAGCUGAGGCCCCCAUCGGAGACACCGGUGCCACGCCCCUGUUCUCGGUUUUAGAGUUUUCUCCGUUCUUUUGCUCCUUGCCUUCUGGAUCAUCUUAUCUUUUGGAAGCUGAUUUACCCACCUCAUUUCAGAUUCCAGGAGAGAGAUCAUUCCAGAUGAUUCCUUAGCUCCAAGAACAGGCUGGGCUGCCGCUCCUCCUGCUAUGAUGCCUGGGCAGAUUCCAGACCCUUCCGUGACUGCAGGCUCUCUGCCAGGGCUCGGCCCCCUUACCGGACUCCCCAGCUCGGCUCUGACUGCAGAGGAGCUGAAAUACGCUGACAUCCGCAACAUUGGGGCCAUGAUCGCCCCCUUGCACUUCCUGGAGGUGAAGCUGGGCAAGAGGCCCCAACCCGUGAAAAGUGAGGUCCACUGGCAGCAUGGACUCAGAGUUGGGAAACUGGGUCAUCUCGCCGGUGAGCUCCGCUGGCUGAACAACGCUGGAGCCAGCCAAGCUGCUCUCCCUUCUACCACGUCCCCAAGACACAAGACCACUUGGCCUGAGCUAGAUGAAGAAGAGGAACGGAGGAAAAGACGACGGGAGAAGAACAAAGUGGCCGCAGCCCGAUGCCGAAACAAGAAGAAGGAACGCACAGAGUUUCUGCAGCGGGAAUCUGAGCGGCUGGAACUCAUGAAUGCGGAGCUGAAGACCCAGAUUGAGGAGCUGAAGCAGGAGCGACAGCAGCUCAUUCUGAUGCUGAACCGGCACCGCCCCACCUGCAUUGUCCGGACAGACAGCGUCAAGACCCCUGAGUCUGAAGGCAACCCGCUGCUCGAGCAGCUAGAGAAGAAGUGACCAUGGGCUGGGAACAGGAGGAGGAAGACGAGGAGGACGAGGAGGAGGAUUUGGGAAGAGGGGAGAGAACCAGGGCUCCCAGAGGGCCCUUCCUUGCUGCAUGACAAACUUGACAACGAGGCUCAGCCCAGCCAGCGCUGGCCGGGCUUUUUUUUUUUUUUUUGUGAAACUCCGAUCAGCCACAUAAGGGGAAGAAUGGGCUGACGAAACCAGAAGGACCAAGCGCUGAGACCAAAGUCGACCCUCGGAUGGAGCUGCCAUUGCCGGGGGCCCAGCUCGAAGGAGGCAGGACAGAGACCCCUGGCCAGAGAGACACCCCAGCGAAUGGCCUGGGGCGCCGCUCUGACCUCUCCACUGGGUGCCCGCGGAGAGACCUCGGAGCAGCCAGGAAAAGCCUUGAGUUGCAAACGAAAUGUGGCUGGGCAUGGAACUCAGAGACCAACUGCAGCCUGCCUGCCCCCGGCCCUGCCUCCCGACCCUGCUGCGAGGCCACCAGGGUCCAGCU